UUUAAACAAGAGAUUUGGAUUUGGGUAUAGAGACAAUAAAGGGAAUGGAUAUUGAGGUGACAGUGCCCAGGCAUCUGAGAUGCCCCAUCUCGUUGGAGAUAAUGAAGGAUCCUGUCACUCUCUCCACCGGUAUUACUUACGAUCGCCACAGCAUUGAGACCUGGUUAGAUGCCGGUAACAAUGUCUGCCCCGACACAAGUCAGAAUCUGCAUACCCACGACACAAUUCCAAAUCACGCACUCCGCCGAAUUAUUCAGGAUUGGUGUGUGGCCAACAGUGGGCGAGGAGUCGAACGAAUUUCUACGCCCAAGGCACCUCUCGAUCCUGCCCACCUCAAUGCAAUUCUCGCAGAGAUUUCGUCCGGAGAGAAGGAAUCCAUAGGGAAAUUGAGGAGAUUGGGCAUAGAAAGUGAUAGGAAUAAAAAGUGCAUCGCCUCCUCAAAUGCAUCCACUGUUCUCGCAUCCCUUUUUGCCAAGCACAGCUCUCAGGCUUUGAAUCGGUCGCAACUGUCUGCAGAGAUUUGCGAAAACCCCGACAAUCUCCCAAUUCCUCCUGCUGAUAUUCCUCCACUGCUAUCUCCCAAUGCUAUCACUGCGCCUCUUGCUAACACUGCAAGACUGUUUGCUAUUACUGCAAACACAUUUGCUAACAUUGCAAAUGCUCUCCAAGAUGAUAUGCCCUGCUACUUAUGGGCAGAGGCAUGUAGUACAGCAGUGUACAUACAGAAUAGGAUUCCACAUAAGGUACUAGGUAAGAUGACACCAGAAGAGGCUUUCACAAGGAAGAAACCAGAUGUCAGUCAUUUCAGGAUAUUUGGAAGUUUGGCAUAUUGCCAUGUUCCAGGGACCAGGCGGAUUAUUGUUCGACAUGAUGUCAAGUUCAUGGAGGACAAGGCAUUUAGAAGGUCCAGAGAUUUGCCAGUAGAUGAUCAGAGUGAACAGUCAACUGAAGCUCCAAGAAUCACUCAAUCAAGUCAAGGGCAGCAAAGCUCAAGUACAGUUACUAGUACUAGCAAUGGCUCAGGUGGAGAGUGUUCACAGAGUAUAGAGCAUCAGGUGCAAGAAGAGAUGCAUCAAAAGGACAUGGAGGUUGAUAUUUCAUCCUCUACAGUUGGCAGCAGGAAUCGUGAGGUUCAACAAAGAGAUACUCAGGAUCAACACUCUUUGUCAGUUCAUGGUAGAGCCAAAGAGAGUGCAUUGGAUAGUGACAAAGCAUGUGCUGCGUUAUUUGCGAGAAUUCCCAGGCUCUGGAUACUGUUGCCUUGUCCGAAGCCAUUGCUUGUCUUGUGUGCAAUCUGCGAGAGGGCAAUCCCGAGGGAAAGAAAAACGCGGUUACAAUUUCUUCGGGAAAUGAUUUCCAAGGAUAAAUACAGAGAUAUCAUAGGAAAAAUCGAAGGAUUGGCAGAGGGGUUGGUGCAACUUCUGAGAGAGCCCAUAAGCCCAGCUGUGACAAAAGCAAGCCUGGCCAUAAUAUACAACAUUGCCCUGAGGUCAAGAUACAGGAGCAAGGUGGUGGAGGCGGGGACUGUUCCAUUGCUAGUGGAGAUGCUUGUGGAUGGAGAUCGGAGCAUUUGUGAAAGGGCAUUGUUGGCGCUGGAUGUCCUUUGCUGUUGUACGGAAGGUCGAGCGGCUGCUUCUGCGCAUGCUUUAACAGUACCAGUGGUUGUUAAGAAGAUGUUGAGAGUGUCUAAUUCAGCAACUGAAUUGGUGGUCUCUGUUUUGUGGAAUAUUUGCCAGAAUUCCUCCGACGGGGAGGCCAUCUGCGAGGCUUUGAAUGCAAGCGCCUUCGACAAGUUGCUGUUGUUAGUGCAGUUGGGAUGCUGUGAGCAAACGAGGGAAAAAUCAAGCAAGUUACUUAAGCUUUUCAACGCUUACACAGAUGAUUGGAAAUGUGCAGAGACACUCCAUUUGCCUCAUGUCAAGCGUUCCUUCUAAAUUAAGUAAUUUGGUGACCAGCUUCUCAUCAAGCAGUGGAGAAACUAUCGAAUGUAAA